ACCUUACGUGGCACACUUGCAAGUGGAGGGUUUGAGUGAUGCCCUUUAUUUAUUAAUUUUUUUCAAGAAUUUUGUUAGAUCAUUCAGUGUAAGUGUUCAGUUUUGGUUCCCGGAAAGACAAGAACACAAUGAACCCCCAAUACGCACCGCAGCAGCAGUUCGGCAUGCCCCCGCCCCAGAGUUUUCCCGGAAGCCGCGCCUCCCCCUCACAAGGCAUCCCCCCGACUAGUUUCCAGACCGUCCCCCUCGGCCCCCAGAAACCGGGCCCUCCUCAGCAACCCCCAGGCUCGGCCCCGUUUCCCCCAGCACCAGGCUCCACACCCAACAUGGGCCCUCCAUCUGGACAAUUCCCCCCCAACAUGCCGAAUUUGAGGUCACAAGUGCCUCCAAGCCAGUUGCCUCCGUCGAUGGUGCAGGAUCAGAGGCCCCCAGGCUUUCCGCCGACCCAAUUCGCAAUGAAACCCGGCGGGCCGCCGCCGGGGGCGCAGAACGGGCCCCCGCAGUUUAUGAAUGGGCCGCCGCAGUUCCAGAACGGGCCGCCGCACGUGCAGAACGGGCCCGGGUUCGGGCCGCCGCCGACCUCGACGCCGUCGUUGCCGCCACAGGUUCAACCGCCCGCUGCAACAAACAAGCCCCCUGGACCCCCACCACCAGGCCAGCUCAAUCAACCACACCCACCUAGACCGGGCCAACCUCCCCUACCCAAUCAGCCUCCAUUUCAACCACCUUCUACCAAUCAGGCACCUUUCAGUCAACCACCGUCGAGCAAUCAACCGCCUCCUGGCUCUCAACCGUCUUUCCCUCAACCUACUCCUACUCAGUCUGCGUUCAGUCAACCACCUCCAAGCAAUCAACCCCCCGUUUCGGCUGCCCCUCCACCAACCAACGCGCCUCCUGUCUCGGCUCCACAACCCACCUCCCAGCCGCCAGUGCCUGGUCCUCCAGUAAGCCAGCCGCCGCCGGGGGCAGGCAAGCCGCCGCUUCUUGGACAGCCUCCUUUACCUGGGCAGGGGCAGCCACCACUGCCUGGGCACGGGCAACCCCCACUACCUGGGCACGGGCAACCCCCACUACCUGGGCACGGGCAACCCCCACUACCUGGGCACGGGCAGCCCCCACUACCUGGCCAACCACCACUGCAUGGACAGCCCCCAUUACCAGGACAACCCCCUCUUCCUGGUCAGCCGCCAUUUAAUCAAGCACAUCGACAAAGUCAGUUCAAUCAGGGACCGCCUGGGGGCCCAAUGCCCCCAAAUAGGCAGUACAAUCAGCCACCUCUUCCUGGACAACCUAUGCCAGGACCCAAUCAGCCGCCGUUACCAGGGCAACCACCUCUGGGUCCUAAUCAGUUGGCCAAUCAGAUGCAAGGAAUGAACUUGGGACCGGGACGACAGUACCCGGGGAGUACCAUAAAUGGGGAGGGCGGGCCCCAUAUGCCGCCGCCGCUAAACCAACAACAGUAUAUGAAUGGGCAACAAAUGAGGGCACCACCGGGACCUGGAUACCCGCCAAUGCCCGGACAGCAACCGGCUCCUGGGGGCGGCGUGGGUUCGUAUCCACAGCCUGCUUAUCAGCAACCGCAGCAAGCUAGGCGCUUGGAUCCUGAUCAAAUGCCGAGUCCGAUCCAAGUGACCCAAGAUGAUCAACAAAACAGAUCUGGUAUAUUCUGUACCAAUCAGAAGGGUUUAGUGCCUCCCCUCGUAACAACCAACUUCAUUGUCCAAGAUCAAGGAAACUCGAGCCCCAGGUUUAUAAGAUCUAGCAUGUAUAACGUACCCAUUUCUCAGGAUAUAAUGAAGCAAACCGCCGUGCCAUUCAGUUUAGUCAUUAGUCCAAUGGCAAGGACCGUCGAUCAAGAAUAUCCUCCGCCUAUCGUCAACUUCGGAGAUCUAGGUCCAGUUCGUUGCAUUCGGUGUAAAGCUUAUAUGUGUCCUUACAUGCAAUUUAUCGACUCUGGAAGACGUUUCCAGUGCCUGUUCUGCAAAGCAACAACUGAUGUUCCAGCUGAGUACUUCCAGCAUCUAGACCAUACCGGGCAGCGACUGGACCGCUACGAGCGUCCAGAGCUGGUACUAGGGACUUACGAGUUCGUGGCGACUCCUGAAUACUGCCGUAAUAACGCCCUACCAAAACCCCCGGCGAUUAUUUUCGUUAUUGACGUUUCGUACAAUAACGUCAAGUCCGGUUUAGUUCAUUUGUUGUGCUCAAGGAUCAAGGACAUCAUUCAGAACCUGCCUGUCGAUCAAGGACAAGAGAAGAGCAAUAUGAGGGUCGGCUUCAUCACUUACAAUAGCUCGGUUCACUUCUACAACAUCAAGGGAAAUCUGGCGGCCCCCCAAAUGCUGAUCGUCGGCGACAUCCAAGAAAUGUUCAUGCCGCUUCUCGACGGCUUCCUCUGCACCCCCGAGGAGUCCGGCCCUGUCAUAGACUCCCUCAUGCAGCAAAUCCCGGCCAUGUUCGGCGACACCCGGGAGACGGAAACGAUCCUCCUGCCGGCAAUUCUGGCGGGUCUCGAGGCGCUCAAGGCGUCCGAGUGCGCCGGGAAACUGAUGGUGUUCCAUUCGAGUCUGCCGACCGCCGAAGGUCCCGGCAAAUUGAAAAAUCGCGACGACAGGAAGCUCCUGGCGACCGAUAAGGAACGCACGAUCCUGACGCCGCAGACGCAGGCGUACAACCAGCUGGGGCAGGACUGCGUGGCGGCGGGCUGUUCGGUGGAUCUGUUCAUUUUUAAUAACGCCUAUAUUGAUAUAGCGACGAUCGGGCAGGUGUCCAGGUUGACGGGGGGAGAAGUGCACAAGUAUACGUACUUCCAGGCGGACAUGGACGGGGAGCGGCUGAUUAAGGAUGUUAUCACGAAUAUUAGCAGACCGAUUGCGUUCGAUUCGAUUAUGAGGGUGAGGACCUCGACGGGGGUGAGGCCCACGGAUUUCUAUGGGCAUUUCUUUAUGUCGAAUACGACGGAUAUGGAGCUUGCAGCUGUCGACUGUGAUAAAGCCAUAGCUGUCGAAAUCAAGCACGACGACAAACUUUCCGAAGAAGAGGGCGUGUACAUCCAAGCCGCCUUGCUCUACACCUCCUGCUCCGGCCAGCGCCGCCUCCGCAUCAUGAACCUAUCUUUGAAGACUUGCUCACAAAUGGCCGACCUGUACAGAAACUGCGAUUGUGAUACCAUCAUCAACUACAUCUCCAAACAGGCCACGUACAAACUCUUCGAGCACAACCCGAAAGCCGUCAAAGAUAGCAUAGUGACCCGAGCCGCGCAGAUCCUGGCCACCUACCGCAAGAACUGCGCAAGCCCGAGCAGCGCCGGCCAGCUCAUCCUACCCGAAUGCAUGAAACUGCUGCCUUUGUAUGUCAAUUGUUUACUCAAGAGCGACGCGCUGUCCGGAGGCGCGGACAUGACAGUCGACGACCGGUCGUUCGUCAUGCAGGAGGUCAUGAUCAUGGAUAUACCGACGAGCGUGAACUACUUCUACCCGAGGUUGAUUCCUCUGGUGGAUUUGGACCCGACGCAGGACCCUGUGGAGAUCCCGGCGCCGAUUAGGUGUACUGUAGAUAAAAUGAACGAGCAAGGGGUGUAUAUUUUGGAAAAUGGUAUUCACAUGUUCUUGUGGAUCGGUUUGGGCGCCAAUCCCAACUUCGUCCAGCAAGUGUUUGGGGCGCCGUCCGCCAUCCAGGUGAACAUCGAGACGGUGGCGCUGCCCGAGCUAGACAAUCCGCUGUCGCUGGCCGUGAGGACGAUCGUCGAGGAAAUCAGGAUACAGAGGCACAAGUGUAUGAGGUUAACUAUUGUCAGACAGAGGGAGAAGUUGGAGCCUGUCUUUAAACACUUCCUGGCGGAGGAUCGCGGCACAGACGGAUCCCCGAGUUACGUGGAUUUCUUAAUUCAUAUGCACAAAGAAAUUCGAUCGCUGCUGAGCUAGCAAAAUGGAAAAAAAAUGUGGUGAUAAACUUUAAAUAAUGGAAUUUGUACUCAAGAUUUUUUCCAUUGAAAUAUUUUAUUUUCUACUUAGGUUUUUGAAGUAUAUUUUAUUAUAUGUUAUGAUUAAAAUUUAAGACAAAAUGUAAUGAAUCGCCUAAAUAUGUGUUGAAAACAGAGUUAUUCUAAAUUUUGGCGUUAAUUCCGAAUGAGUUUGAAAAUGUAUUCUGAACUUUGUUCUGAUUUUGUUGUCGAUGUUUCUAUUAUUCGGAAGUAAGCAGUUAUUUUGUAUUUAUAUUUUACUGGUGCCCAUUUUAAAAGGUUAUGUAUCAUACUAAAUAACUAAUAAAAUAGAUGUAAGAAAA